CUGGAAGAGUGUGCUGGAAGUUCAAUGAUAUUUUCUUGUAGUAAUGAAAAUUACAUAAGUAGGACUAUCUGUACAUUUUCACAUAAAUAUUCUGCUAGGUCCAUGACGUUUGUAAAAUCAAAUAUUACGUUUCUAUGAGUGUCGGAACAACAUUACAAGAUGUUACAUCACGCGAGUUUCCACACGGACAUUUUAUUGGCUGGACAGUAACAGCUCAUUCAGAAACAAAACCGACUAGCAAAAUCAGCCUAUGAAAUUCUGCUCACAUUGGCCUCUAUAUAAGUUUUUUCUUCAUUAUUUUUGUUUGAAUACUUACAUGAGAAGAUGGGGGUGCCUAAAUUUUAUCGCUGGAUAUCGGAGCGGUAUCCGUGUCUGAGUGAAGUUGUCAAAGAGCAUCAGAUUCCAGAGUUUGACAACCUUUAUUUAGAUAUGAAUGGGAUCAUCCACCAGUGUUCCCACCCCAAUGAUGAAGAUGUACACUUCCGUAUUUCUGAAGAGAAGAUCUUUGCUGACAUUUUCCACUACCUGGAGGUGCUCUUCCGCAUCAUCAAGCCCAGGAAAGUGUUCUUCAUGGCUGUUGAUGGUGUUGCACCCAGGGCCAAGAUGAACCAGCAGCGUGGAAGAAGAUUCAGGUCAGCAAAAGAAGCUGAGGAGAAAAUCAAGAAGGCCUUGGAGAAGGGUGAAGUCUUGCCCACAGAGGCCAGAUUUGACUCAAACUGCAUCACCCCUGGAACGGAUUUCAUGGCCAGGCUGCAGGAACAGCUGAAAUAUUUUGUUCACAAUAAACUGUCCACAGACAAAUCGUGGCAGGGAGUGAAUGUGUAUUUGUCUGGUCACGAGACCCCUGGUGAAGGAGAGCACAAGAUCAUGGAGUUCAUUCGUUCUGAGACCACCAGACCGGGUCAUGACCCAAACACAAGACACUGCCUUUAUGGUCUGGAUGCCGACCUGAUAAUGCUUGGCUUGACCAGCCAUGAGCCUAAUUUUUCUCUCCUCAGGGAGGAGGUUCGCUUCGGAGGCAAAAAGUCACAAAAGAGGAUAACAGCUCCUGAGGAGACGACCUUUCACCUGCUACAUCUUUCCCUUAUGAGGGAAUACAUCGACUAUGAGUUUUCAGAGCUCAGGAAUAAGAUCUCGUUUGAGUACAACCUGGAGCGGAUCAUAGAUGACUGGGUUCUGAUGGGUUUCCUGGUGGGCAACGACUUCAUCCCUCAUCUUCCUCACCUGCACAUCAAUCACGAUGCACUGCCGCUGCUCUAUCGAACUUACAUCAGCGUGCUGCCCAGUCUGGGGGGCUACCUGAAUGAAAACGGUCAUCUCAACCUUGCCAACUUUGAGAAGUACCUUGAGAAGUUGUCAGAAUUCGACCGGGAGCAUUUCAGCGAGGUGUUUGUAGAUCUGAAGUGGUUUGAGAGUAAGGUGGGGAACAAAUACCUGAACGAAGCAGCCGGGCUGGCAGCCGAGGAGGCCGGUGUCAAAGACAUGAAGAAGAGUAAGUCUGCAGAAGACUCCCUGUGUCUCGCCGCUCUUGGAGUCGAUGAGUCUCACAGCACUUCAGGAAGAGGCACAGAAGAAGACGGUGAAGAUGAUGACAUGUUUGAAACAGAGUUUCGACAAUACAAGCGCACCUACUACAUGACCAAGAUGGGCGUUGAAGUCGUCUCAGAUGAGUUUUUGGCCAAUCAGGCUAAAUGUUACGUGGAGGGGAUCCAGUGGAUCUUGCAUUACUACUACCAUGGAGUUCAGUCUUGGAGCUGGUAUUAUCCGAACCACUACGCUCCCUUCCUUUCUGAUGUGAGGAACAUCUCUAGUCUCAAGUUGGCCUUUGAUUUGGGCAAACCCUUCAUGCCGUUCCAGCAGCUCUUGGCUGUUCUGCCUUCAGCCAGCAAAGAGCUUCUUCCACAGUGUUACCAGCAUCUGAUGACGUCCCCGGGCUCACCCAUCGUUGAGUAUUACCCACAAGACUUCAAAACGGACCUGAAUGGCAAACAGCAGGAGUGGGAAGCCGUGGUGCUCAUCCCAUUUAUCGACGAGAAAUGCUUGUUAGCUGCUAUGGAGCCCUACACUGUUAAACUGACUCCAUCAGAGAAGGCCAGGAACAGACAUACAGAGUGUGCCGUCUACUGCUUUGAUAAAGAGCUGGACUAUGUCUACAACUCCCCCCUCCUCCAGCUCUUUCCUAACAUCCUCCACUGCCACGUCAGGCAAACACCGAUCCCGAUGGAUGCCUGGCGUGUCCCACUGGAUUAUGUAGGCCAUAGGGUUGACCGAGGAGCUCUUUAUUUUUGUGGCUUCCCCACCUUACAGCACAUCCGUCAUAAAUUUUAUAAGAAGAAAACUGGAGUGACUGUGUUUCAACAAAGCAGCAGAGGGGAGAACAUGAUGCUGGAGAUUUUAGCCAGCCAGGAGCUGGAACAGGUGGAAGAUGUUGCAGCUCUGGUUCUUGGAAAGCCUUUGUUUGUGAACUGGCCCCAUUUGACGGAAGCUCGGGUUGUAGCGGUUUCAGAUGGAGAAACAAAGUUUUCUUUGGACGAACCAUCACAGGUGCUGUAUCUGGGUGACACCCCACCGCCUACUAAAGUCACCCGUCUGACUGAUAAAGAGCAGAAGGACUGGGUCAAAGAUGUUCAAGGCCUCUCAGAGCACUUCGGCAAGCGCAAAGGCAUUGUGAUCAAUGAGACAGAUGUUGUGGUAUACGGCCAGCUGCUGACAGGCAGGAAGUAUGUGAUUGGUCAGAGCGGAAAGGUCCAUUUGGAAAAGCAGUUUGCCAAACAGGUCCUGCCCUUUCCAUACCAGACUGUCGUGAAGGAUAUCAAAGCGUUUGAUUCAUCAUUGGCUCGCUUCAAGACACUGGAGGAGCUGUUUCCCCCAGGAACUGUUGUCUUUAUGGUUGGAAACCCAUAUUACGGUGCAAUGGGAGAUGUGCAAGAUUCUAGUGACGUCAUCAGUGAGGGGCGGGUCAGAGUGGUCUUCUCUGUACCGUGUGAACCUCAGCUUGAUGGCUUAAAACAGAACCAGCAUAAAUACUCUGUGAAGUACAGUCCCGGGUACGUGCUUGCCUCCCGCCUUGGUGUCACCAGCUACCUCGUCUCACGGUUCUCCGGAAGCAUCUUCAUUGGAAGAGGAUCCAAGAAAAAUCCUCAUGGAGAGCAAAAAGCCAACGUGGGUCUUAAUCUCAAGUUCAACAAGAAGAACGAGGAAGUUCCAGGCUACACCAAGAGAACGGAGAAAGAGUGGCUCUACUCGGCUGCUGUAGAGGAACUCUUAUCUGAAUACUUGGAGAGAUUUUCAGAGCUGUUUGACUUUGUAGCACGAAACAGUCACGAUGACGUCUUUUAUGAAGAUGACAUCUGGCCAGGAGAAGAUGAGAAUGGCACUGAAAAGAUCCAGGAGAUCCAGGGCUGGCUGAGAAACCAUCCAGUCAGUUCCUCUUCCCGAGCUUCAUGUGAUCUGCAGAUCCUGGACGCCGGCAUUGUGGAGAAGAUUGAAGAAGAGCUGGAGAAAACAAAAGCAAAGAAGUCGAACAAGAAAGUACGGGUCACUGUGAAGCCCCACUUGGUUUUUAGGCCUUUGGAGCAGCAGCACGGUGUUGUUCCAGAUCCUGACGCAGAGUACCAUCUGUUUGACCGUGUGGUCAAUGUGAGAGAAAGCUUCUCUGUUCCUCUCGGCCUUCGAGGAACCGUCAUUGGCAUCAAAGGAGCUGAGCGCGAGGCUGAAGUUCUGUAUGAAGUGCUGUUUGAUGAGGAGUUUGCUGGAGGACUCACUGUCAGGUGCUCUCCGGGACGUGGCUAUCGACUGCCCCCCAGUGCCUUAAUCAACCUGAGCCACGGCAGCAGAAAGGAGCAUGGCUCUCACAAACUCACUGCGAUCGUCAAACCCCAGCCCUCAUCCUCAUCUCAUUACACUCACAAGAGUCAGCUGGGAGGCCUUAACCACUCGCCAUGCUCACCGUUUAUACCUACGCAGCAGCAGAAUGGUCGACAGAGUUUUAAUCUCAGGGCCGACACUCAGGGCAACAGAAACUCACCUCACAAAGCCCUCAGCCAGAAAAACCAACACAAGGGCUCUAGGAAUGAGAAAGAGUUCAGUAAUGUUUGGCAGUCUCUUCAGAGUUCAGGAAUGCCCCAGAAACCACCGGCUCACUGGCAAAAUAAGGCUGGGAGAAGCAGUGGACCGAUGCCACAUCAGCAACAGCUGGAAGGACAGAGCAAACAAAGCCAAGGCAACAACCCAUCCAGCAAACUUGCCUCCGGUGGCAAUAUUAGACUUCUGAAGAGAAAUGAGGAUGUGAAUAUGGAUUUCGUGCAAAGGCCUUCAAAUAAGGCAUCUACGGAAUUUGAGGAGCUUAUAGCCAAUCUGAAGAUCUCGAAGGAUUCUGAGCAUGUCCAGAAUCAUUCACCUACAGAGCCCAAGAACCAAUCAGGAGAGCCUCUUUCCCCACAGUCCUUUGCCAUGAAAGGAACUCUGGUGUUGAAAGAAAUGUUGAAGAUUGACUCUGGACCCAGUGGCCCUGAUUGCACCGGUGGCCAGGAUCCAGCAAACCCCAGUGUUCAGCAGCAGGGCAAGAGGCGCUCCAGCAAAAAACUAGCUGCUCGGAUAAAUAGUCCUCAGACUGAUGUUCCAGCAGCGGCUCCUCGUCCUCCUUUGGCUGGCCAGCCACCCCUCCUGCCCAGCCUGGCCACUGAACUCGGGCGUGUGUGCAUGGGCCUUGGGAUGGGACCUCCAGAGUUUGCCAUCCUCCACAACAGACAGAGUCUGACAGUGUGUCAGGUGAAGUUGUCUAAUGGCCUGCUGGUUCACGGUCCUCAGUGUCAAUCUGAAACUGAAGCUAAAGAGAAAGCUGCUCUCUUUGCCCUUCAACGAUUGAACUCACUGGGUGCAUUGCCACUCCCUCCUCCCAUAUUCCCCGGAGUCCAGCAGAUGAGGCCACUUGCACCUCAUCCCUCCAUGUUUGGUCCCCCGGCAGGUUGUCUUCUGAUGCCCCCACAAGGCUAUGGACCUCUUCAUUGGGGGAUGCAGUUUCCCCACCAGGGCCAGCCGUUCUAUGGGGGGACUUUCCCUGGAGCACAGGCCCAUGUGCCAUUAGCACCCAGCGGAUCCCACAAUCAGUUUGUUCCCCUACAGGUGACCAAGAAGAGAGUUUCAGGCAGGACCAAGAACCAAGAGGCCAAGGAAGUGUCCGGCAGCUCUGCCUAUUCUGGCCAGACCCCAAGCGCUGGACUGGCUGCUUCUCCCCCAAUGCCUGAAUCAGCCCCCAAGACCCCCCCACCCAUCAGCACCCACGAGCCCACAGAUAAGUCCACCCCCAAGACGCCCAGGCAGAACGCCAAUCCUCACACGCCCGGCUCGGCCUCCAAGCGGAAAAACCGGAAACUGGCGGUCAAUUUCGAGGCUGCUAAAGUGACGGACUGAAAUCAUUUUCCUGCGCUAUCCCUCUUAAAGGGGAAAACCCCACAUUUCACAGCAUGAAACAAGAUUGGUUUGAGUGGAGAGGUAGUGGGGGAAAAUGUUUUAUUGAUAUUGAUUACUGCACAAAAAUAAUCAUGAAAUGGGUUUUACAUUUACCUCAGCGUUUUCCUUUUUUUUUUUUUUUUUUUUCAAAUCAGAUCCUUAAUCUUUUAUCAUGUUCACUGGUUAUUUUGUGAUGCUGGAUUUUACUAUUCAAAGUGCAAUAAUUAGUUUUGUAGACGGGACGUUAUGCACAAGGAAGGAAUACAAUGUGGCACAAGCUGCUGCAAUACAUCUUUACUCUCAUUUCAUUGUUUCUCUGUUGCACAGUGUUGCAGUCCUGCACGGAAGGAUACAGAUAAUGCUAUCACAUGGUAUUACUCAGAAAGCAGUAAAGCUGUCAGACUGAACUCUUGAUCUAGUUUCAGAGGUUCAAAUUAAGACCAGUUCUGAAGAUUUGUUGGAAGCGUUCUAUGGAAUAUUACAUAGACCUAAAAGAGGAGUUAAAACCAGCUCAUUAUGUUCACCAAACCAGGAAGCACUCUGAUUUAAGCAAAUGUGGAUUAAUGAAUGUCUCUGUGUUUGUGUAUAUAAGACUAAACAUGGUCAGGCAGGGGAUACAAACUUCAACACGAUAGUAAGAUGCCUUUCUAAUAUGAUGUUGCUCGAAUUGUGAACAAUUUAAACUGGUUUUAUUUUUGUAUUAGCCUACCUUUAUUUCUUGGGGAGCUGUUUGAGUUCUGUGGUUUUAAAAUGAAUUUUGUGUAUUUAGAUCUAUGGAUUUUAUAUGCACCAUUUUACAAAUGGAUAAAUUAACAAUUGUUAAUAUUUCUAUGCUGGCACCCUUUUUCUUUUCAUCUUCUUUGCGUAUUUGUAUCCUACCAGAUCUCUUUUGUCCAAGUUUUAAAAGAUUGCAAGUAAACCCUUUUAUUUUUAAUGACAUUUGAGUUGUUUAUUUAAUGACUUAAAACCAGUAUGACAAAAAAUUAGUGCACCUCCUAGCAGGAUGGUGUGCUGGACAUUUUGUUAUCGUAAUAAACAUUUUGCUAUCAUAAUGCC